UCUCGCCUACGAAAACACACACACACACACACACCACUACGAGCCUUCCCCUUUUCCCGUCUCCCCUCGCGCCAUAACAAACGCUUGCAUUGCUGUUCAGCGCGCAGACGCGGAUAGCUGGCAGUGCGCGCGGUGCUCUCUUUACUCCGUCGCGGAUUCACGCGGAUCUGGUCCUCCUCCGCCUCCUCCUCCUCCACCAGCGCGCGCCUCCGGUUCGGUCAUGCCACCGGCGCGCGUCCGGAGAUGAGGCUCCGAAAUGGCACCUUCCUGACAGUCUUAGUGUUCGGGCUGUGCGGGCUCGUGUCGCUGUCCUGGUACACGGCUUUCAGCAACCCUAAAGGUAAUGUGGUUGAUAUCUACCAGAGGGAGUUCUUGGCUUUGAGAGAUCGGCUGCACUCGGCUGAGCAGGAGAACCUGAAGCGCUCGAAGGAGCUCAACCUGGUGCUGGACGAGAUCAAGCGAGCCAUCGCCGAGAAACAAGCGCUGCGGGAUAUCAACCGCACCUGGAGCAGUCUGUCUGACGAGACUAAGCUGAAGCUGUGGAACGUCACCAGCAGUAAGAAUGUGUUACAGCUGCCCAGCAUCUUCCACCACCUGCCUCAUCUCCUGGCCAAAGAGACCAGCCUGCAGCCCGCCGUGCACAUCGGCCAAGGCCGUACCGGAGUCUCAAUAGUGAUGGGCGUGCCCAGUGUGAAGCGGGAGGUGCAUACCUAUUUAACGGACACGCUCAGCUCUCUGAUGUCAGAGCUGAGUCAGGCCGAGAAAGAGGACUGCGUCAUCGUGGUCUUUAUCGCUGAGACAGACCAGCAGUACGCCAACAGCGUGGCUGAUAACCUCAAGCGCCUAUUUCCUGGAGAGAUCCAGUCGGGUUUGUUAGAGAUUAUCUCUCCAUCUGUCCAUUUUUACCCGGACUUCUCCAACCUCAAAGAGUCUUUUGGUGAUCCCAAGGAACGUGUCAGAUGGAGAACGAAGCAGAACCUGGAUUACUGCUUCCUGAUGAUGUAUGCUCAGUCUAAAGGGACGUAUUAUGUGCAGCUAGAGGAUGACAUUGUCGCACGUCCGAAUUAUUUCACCACUAUGAAGAACUUUGCCCUACAGCAGCCUUCAGAGGAGUGGAUGAUUCUAGAAUUUUCCCAGCUUGGCUUUAUCGGUAAGAUGUUUAAGUCGCUGGACCUAUCUCUCAUAGUGGAGUUCAUGCUGAUGUUCUACAAGGACAAACCCAUUGAUUGGCUGCUGGACCACAUCAUGUGGGUGAAGGUGUGCAACCCGGAGAAGGAUGCGAAACACUGCGACAGGCAGAAGGCGAACCUGCGGAUCCGCUUCAAGCCCUCGCUCUUCCAGCAUGUGGGAACACACUCGUCUCUUGCUGGAAAGAUUCAGAAACUCAAGGAUAAGGACUUUGGGAAGCAGACUCUCCAUAAAGGUCAUGCUAACCCGUUAGCAGAGGUCACCACCAGUCUGAAGACGUACCAGCACUUCACCCUGGAGAAGGCAUACCUCGGGGAAGAUUUCUUCUGGGCGUUCACGCCGGUGGCUGGAGACUUCAUACGCAUCCGCUUCUUUACUCCUGUCCGCAUAGAGAGGUAUUUCUUCCGCAGUGGGAACAUUGAGCACCCCGGAGACAAACUCUUCAACACUACAGUGGAGGUGCUGCCGUUUGAUAAUAUUCAAUCAGAAAAAGAGGCCUUGAAGGAGGAAAGAGAGAGGACGCCGAAGUACCAGCGCACAGAGGACGGCUUCAUUAGAAUAGGAAAAUUCCAAAACGGGAUCGCUGAGGGGGAGGUGGACCCCUCGUUCGGGCCGCUGGAGGCCAUGCGACUCUCGGUGAUGACCGACUCUCCUGUGUGGGUCAUUCUUAGCGAGAUCUUCAUCAAAAAGGCAGAGUGAAGGGUGUCUACCUGAAUACCUCACCAUUAAUCUGGGCCUUGCAGUGCAGGAGGAGGUCUUUCCUGCUCCUCCUCCUCAGCAGCGGCUAUGAGUUUCUAAAGCUUGGUCCAAGUGCGCCACCUGCUGGCGCCAUGCUGACACAGCAGGGUAAAAGUAGAGAAGGGCCAGCUGUAAUCCUGUAGAGCGGAGAUGGGAUGUAAAGGAGACGGACAGACUCCUGAGACGGUCAUUUGUAAUUUAUGUGUACAUACGCUCCUGGUUCAGUGACUCUAAUUACACUGGUAUAUUGUCAGCGGGCUCUCUCUCUCUCUCCGGAUGGUCUUGCCCUGUUUCGGCAAAUUUUCUGACUUUCAACAAUGCUGCUUUUUUCUUUUGGAAUUUGGGGGACUCUUCUGUUUUCAUAAAGGAGUUUCUGAUUUUGCCAACAUUCUUUUAUCAUUAUUUAGUGGGGGAUUGAUUUAAGGUGGAGGGUUUGGAUUUCAUGAUGAAUCAUACGUAGUUUUUAUGAUCUGUUACGAAUACACACAGAUAUGAGGGUAAUAUAAAUAGUGCAUCUAUAUGUGCAGACAAGGACCAGAUGCUCCCAAACAGCAGUCGGGGAAAGAUUAUAGCUAUAAAAUAAUAAAAGUUAUAAGAAAAAAUAGUGGAAAGCGGAUCUUAUGGAGCAUUUCAUCAUUUAAAUCAGAUUUAGUCUGAAGGACAGUCGUUUUUUUUUUUUUUUCCUUUAAGAUGAUGUAGCGAAAGCAGGACAUGGUGAGUUGCCAGUAGAUUGGGUUAGAAAUGGUAGAGUAAACAGACCCGGGCCCUGGGAUCGAAUUAGACUGAGCAAACAGGCGUCCGAACAGAAACACAUAACAGCAUUACAGCUACUCUAUGCAGUUUGGGCUGAGACUGGGCGGUCACUGAUCGUUAGCCUACAUGCACCCCUUAAAGGCUUUUAAGCUUUAUAGGCUGGAUAGUUUAAACCAGCCGUUGCAGUCCAGUUCCUUUUAUCAUAGUUUUUUUAUUGUUAAGUUCCUCAUGCCUUACCAUGGUACUUAUUUCAGGUUUUCUAUUUAAUACACACCACCUAACAGCUACUGUACUGUAGUUCACAAUCGUUCCCCACUUCCCAAAGGCUUAAACCCUAAAGCUGGCUGAUUCAGGCUCCAACUGAAGCUUGGAAGGAACCUUGGCUUGGUGGAGGUGAGAAUGUGGAGUAUGUGGAGCACUACCUUCCUUACACAUGCUGGUUGAUCAACAGUCAGAGACUGACUCCUUUAUUUUAUUAAAAUGCAUCCAGAGGAAGCACCACUGAAUUCAGUGAUAAAGCAACUUGUGGCACAGCAGUCAGACAGCAGGUGGAAAGUGUCUUGAGAGUUCAGGAAACCUAGCCUGCUACAAAGGUGCUGGAAGAUCUCAGGGUCAGAGAAGCUUUUUCAUUAGUUCCACAAAGCAGGAUUUUUCACAUAGCCUCAUUAUGUACUGUGUAAUAAUAUCUAAUAUCUAUUUUUAUCUAUAAUCUCUAUAGACAAUGAUGGGUCGUUUUUAAUUUCAUGUACAUAUGUCAUACAUAAGUCAACACUGUUCAUAUUGCAUGCAUACAGACACACACACAACAGUUAUUUCCAAUCACACAGGACCAGACUCAUUUUUGAAAUUUUACAUUUUUAAAUAUAUAAUAAUGCAGUUCCCCCCUUUUUUUAAGAGUAAUACACUUUUAAAUUAUUUUUUAAAUGUUUUAAAUAAUAGCUUAUAGACAUUAAUGGGCUCCCCAACUGAGUAAACAGGCAAUAAUGAGGUCAGCAAAAUAUGACAGAUUUUUUUUUCAUAUAUUGUACAAUAAGUUAAUAAUGUAAUUAUUGAGACAGUUCUAACAGGAGAGAUUAAAAUACUCAAAACUUGAAUCUUAAAUUACUAUUUCAAAAAUGUGUUUAAAAAUAUUGAUCAAAUCUGAAAUCUAAAAAUUAGCCUGAACAGUUUGUAGUGUUAGGCUUAAUAAUGCACAAAAACAUUCUGUCCUGUGUAUAGUUUUCUUCUGAAUGCCGCUGGGUUCUCUGAAUUGAGAGGUUGCUUAAGGGAUCAUGUGCAUCUAAAACAAUCAGUGAUGAGGUAACGGCGUUGACUUUUUUCAGUAACGAGUAGCUAACUGAUUACUCUGACUGUGACUAUAACACCGUUAACAUUUCCAACACAACGUUACUGCACGUUACUUUAGCCACUCGAUUAAAUUUUUUUUUACUUCGCGCAUACAGACAAAGGCGCAAGUGUGUGUGUGCGCGUUGUGUGUGAAAGUCACAUGGGAAGGGGAGGAUGAGAUAAACACCUAAGCAAUGAUUGUUGUCUUUGCUGUCGUGCACUCUAUUCAUCUGGCUUAUGAAACACGCUCUGAGAAGGUGGGGGCCGAGGGGUGGGGGGUUACGGAGCGAUUAACACAAAAGUAACGCAAUAGUUACUUUAACUGGUAAUUAGUUACUUUUAUAGUGGAGUAAUUCAGUUACUAACUCAGUUACUUUUUUUUUUAUUACUUUUUCAAAGUAACGUGCCCAACACUGGAAACAAUUAAUGAGUCCCAUGAAAGUAACUAUAACUGUUUUACUGUUUAACACUAUUACAUAACAACACCAGCAAUUCCAGCUGCCAAAGACACAUAACAAUCACAUUGCACUGUUAGCUUUCACAAUUUUAAUAUUAGUGUCCACUUUGCUCAGAGAAUCCAGUGUCAUUUAUAGCACAAAUGACUAUAGUAUAUCCUUAACUCUCCAACUCACCCCAACAGUACUGGACAGAGCACCAGCAUUUCAGAGAACACAGUUCCACUGCUCUACUGCUCUCUAUCUUUGUCAACAAUAGGUGCAACUAAAAUUGCUGAAUGCAUUGUUUAAAAGGGGUCUACACAGACAUUUUGCCAUAUAUCGUCACUGUCAGGCACAAACCUUUUAUCUCCAUAAUGCCACAUUAGUUUCUGAUAUGGUCAUGAUGUCAACUAUAAAAUGCUGGCACAACAUCAGAUGUCUAAUUUCCUAUGUUUAGAACACAAUAGAAAAUCUGUUGACUUUUAACUUGUAGACACAAUCACAAUAGAGACCAAAUAAAUAUAUGUUUAUGAUAAAAAUACAUUUGUUUUAAGUAAAUGACUUUGAAAUAUUGAUUAAAACAAGCCUGUCCAGGAGCAAUUUUCCCACUGGAUCUUUACUUUUUGUUAUUCAAUUUAGUGAAAAAUCCUGCCUUGUGAACAGUCCUGCCUCUUUCUUGCGGUUGAUAAACAUCAACACGAAACCAUGCCUGAAUGGACAGAGGUCAGAACAUCAGUCAGUAUCUGUUUCUUUAUUUCUGGCUUUGCAAGAGACUUUGAACACCAAAUAAUUCUUUAAUUUUAUGCCAUCCUCCAGCCAAUUUCCCUCAUCUCCUCUGAGUUCAGCCUGUUAUUUAAUAAAGGAUGAUACCAAAACAGGACACCUGCAUGUUCACCCACGCAAUAUCCAUUUAAAAGGAAAUGCAAACAAUUGCUCACUCUCAGCAGGGCUCGUGCCAAAAGAGUUGGUUGUCGGGCCAUUGCUUUAGCCACAGAGGUGGCUGACAGGUGCCUGGAGCUGAAGAGAUUACAGCUAGCCAAACAAAUUAUUCUAAAUACCCCCCCAACUCCCCAAACACCAACCUACCGGACAGACAUCGUUUUCCCACCCUCUUGUAAGAUUGUAAAAUGCACUGGAAUGCAUUGCUAUUGUGUUGUAUUUUGUAACAUUUAGAUAAACUAUAUUUAAUGAUGUUCUCUUCUAUUCAAUCUGUGAAUUGUAAUAAAGCCAAAAUUGAAACACCUUGA